AGGGGAGCCAAAAAUUCCAGCAGAGGGAUUCUUGAGAAAUAUAAUCAAAUCAAUUAAUUUAGUCCCUUUGCAGGAAUAAUUUACAUAAAAUUACAAUCCGAAAAAAUGGUGCGUCUUUUCUGAAACCCAAUCGAUUCGAUUUCGAUUCGUCAAGAAAAAAGGAAAAUGGGGGGAGAGAUGGAAAUCGGAAGCCGUUCUCCGGCGAAUGUCGAAUCGCAAAAUCUUUCUCCUUCACAAUCUUCAAAACCCAAAAAGGUUGGAGGAUGGAGAGCCAUUGCAUAUAUUCUUGGAAACGAGUCGUUCGAGAAAUUGGCGUCGAUGAGCCUGGUGGCCAACAUUACGGUUUAUCUCCGUACAAAGUACAACUUGAGCGGCAUACUUUUGGUGAAUGUGGUCACGAUAUGGUUCGGGACGGCGAAUAUUUCGUCGAUAUUGGGUGCCGUUGUUUCGGAUGCCUUUAUAGGAAGAUUUCUCACUCUCCUCAUUGGCACCCUUUUUUCCUUAACGGGCAUGGCUGCCAUGACCCUAACCGCGGCAGCACCCAGCCUCCGGCCCCCACCUUGCUCGGACGACGACCAGCCAUCGUGCCGCGGGCCCCACGAGUGGCAGCUGGCCUUCCUCUUCAUCAGCCUCGGCCUCAUUGCCCUUGGCGCGGGUGGCAUUCGCCCCUGCAACAUCGCUUUCGGUGCCGACCAGUUCGACACCAACACGGCCCAUGGCCGGGCCCGCCUCGAGAGCUUCUUCAAUUGGUGGUACCUCUCAUUCACGGGCGCCCUCAUAAUAGCUCUCACGGCCGUCGUCUACGUUCAAACCGAAGUCAGUUGGGUCGCGGGCUUCGCUAUCCCGACCGCCUGUCUCCUGACGUCCGUCACAAUCUUCCUCCUUGGCCGCCACGUGUACGUGUACAAGGUCCCGAGAGGGAGCGUCUUCAUCGACGUGGCCAAAGUGGCUGUUGCCGCCUUCAAGAAACGGAAGCUCGAGAUGAAAGUUACGAGUAGCGCCGGUGAUCUCCGUUUUCACGACCCCCCAGGGGAGGACGAUAACGACGAGUGGGAGGAACGGAAGAAGUCCAGAGUCGAGAGGUUUCGGUUCUUCGAUCGUGCGGCGGUGAUCGAGGACGGGGAUGAGGUGGGGCCCGCGGGCACGUGGAGGUUGUGCACGUUGGAGCAAGUCGAGAACUUGAAGUGUCUGUUGGGGGUCGUGCCGGUUUGGGUGUCGGGGGUCGGGUGUUUCCUAGUGAUGGACCAGCAGUCGACGUUCGGGAUUCUGCAGUCGAUCCAGAUGGACCGGUCGCUCGGUGGGGGGAGUUUCGAGGUCCCGCCCGGUUGGAUGGGGAUAUCGUCGAUGAUAGCCCUCUCGAUUUGGAUCUUGAUCUACGAGUGGAUGUAUAUCCCUGUUGCGAAAAGAUCACGUUGCAAACGGGUCGACCCGCGGAUCUCGAUGAGGGCGAGAAUCGGGAUCGGGAUCGCGAUGUCGGUCGCCUGCAUGGCGAUCGCGGGUUGCGUAGAGAGGAGGCGCCGCUCGUUGGCGCUGAGGCGCGGGUCGUUCGUCUCGUCCCUACACGUGUCGACACUGCUGCCGCAGUUUGCGCUCUCGGGUCUCACGGAAGCCUUUGCCGCGGUGGCGCUAAUGGAGUUUUUCACGAGGCGGAUGCCCGAGAGCAUGAGGAGUGUUGCGGGAGCCAUAUUUUUCCUUAGUUUGUCGGCCGCGAGUUAUAUGAGCUCGUUGAUCGUGAACGUGAUGCACUCGGUGACGGGAGGUAAGGGGAGAGUGGGAUGGCUCGGGGGACACGACCUCAACUUGAACAAGCUCGACAACUAUUAUUUCAUAAUCGCGGCUCUUGGGGUCGUUAACUUUGCGUACUUUUAUCUAUUCGCGAGCAAGUACGUGCCGUGCGGUGAGCACGGUGAAUCGGAGGUGGAGGAUUUCUCGGAGGAAAUUACUCCGGUUAAGUGAUCGGCUUUUGUGAGUUUGUGCAUGGUGAAAGUUCGAGGAGAUUGUUAUGUCAUGUUUGAGUUAUGCACUUAACAUUUCUCUAGUUGUCUUGAAGAUUGUUUAAGAAAAAUGAAGAAAUGGAAAG